AGCCUUUGGCGCAUGCGCACAGGCAGCAGCUUAGGUAGGAGCAGUCUCGCGCAACUUAGAGAGGCAACCGUCGGGGUUAUAGCAACGGAAAGCCCAUCAACAGAAACAACAGGACCGGGGCUGACAGGGACUGCGUUUUUUCUCGGCAUUUCUCUAAGGUGGGGAAGCACAACCCGGCUCUCAGCAGUACGCGCCGACACACACCCAGCACAGCAGGAGGAUGGCGGUGAAUGUCUACUCCACCUCUAUGACUGUAGAGAACCUGAGUCGGCAUGACAUGCUGGCGUGGGUCAACGACUCUCUGCAGCUCACCUACACAAAGAUAGAACAGCUCUGCACAGGCUAUGCUUACUGCCAGUUCAUGGACAUUCUGUUUCCUGGGUGCAUAUUGCUGAAGAAAGUCAAGUUCAAUGCCAAGCUGGAGCACGAAUACAUCCAUAAUUUCAAGGUGCUACAGGCUGGAUUCAAGAGAAUGAAUGUGGACAAGAUCAUCCCCGUGGAGAGGCUGGUGAAAGGCAAGUUCCAGGACAACUUCGAGUUCCUCCAGUGGUUCAAGAAGUUCUUCGACGCCAACUACGACGGGAAAGACUACGACCCCCUGCAGAUGAGGCAGGGCCAGGAGGGAACGCCCCCUCCGCCUCACCCAGGCCCCAUGAGAACGUCUCCCACGGCGCCGAAGAGCGUCCCCCCUCCACAGAGGCAGAUCAACAUUCCCCCCGCGCGGAGGACCGCCCCCAUGACCCGGAACGGAGGAGAUGCCGAGCUCAUCGAGCUCAACCAGCAGAUCAUGGAUAUGAAACUGACCAUAGACGGAUUGGAGAAGGAGAGGGACUUCUACUUCGGAAAGCUCAGAGACAUCGAGCUGAUCUGCCAGGAGAACGACGGCGAAAACAACCCGGUUCUCAGCAAAAUCAUAGACAUACUCUACGCCACAGAGGAGGGCUUCGCGCCGCCAGAAGACGAGGAGAUCGAUGACGGGACACGAGGAGACCAGGACGAGUUUUGA